GUAGCACUGACGAAGCUGAAAAUGGACAAAGAUCGGCGAGCAAUGAUUGAAAGGAAAGCAGCUGGUCGAGCACGCGUAACGGGAAUGCUGAAGGGCAAGCACACGGAGGAGUCCAUUGCGGAUGAUUGA